GUAAUUUAUCUGCAACUCACCCUGCCGCAAACUCUGGCAAUAACUGAAGCAAAAAAGAAAAACAUCAACAGACACGUUGACUGUGCGUGAUGACGACCGGGAGAGCCCGGAGUGGUGCGCAGCGUAACAUUCCAUUGAGAAGAAGAGGGGAAAGAUGGCGUCCUCUAACAAUCCUCGCAAAUUUAGCGAAAAAAUCGCUUUGCAUAAUCAGAAGCAGGCGGAAGAGACCGCCGCGUUUGAAGAAGUGAUGAAAGACCUGAACAUCACCAGAGCUGCGCGGUUGCAGUUACAGAAGACCCAGUAUUUGCAACUAGGGCAGAAUCGUGGACAGUACUAUGGAGGCUCACUGCCCAAUGUCAAUCAGAUUGGAAAUGGCAACAUUGACCUGCCUUUUCAGAACUCAGUGCUGGAUACCAGUCGGACAACCAGGCACCACGGGCUGGUGGACCGUGUUUACCGUGACCGGAACCGCAUCACUUCGCCUCACCGCCGGCCGCUAACAGUCGACAAACAUGGACGCCAGAUUGACAGCUGUCCUUACAGCUCAGUUUACCUCUCCCCACCGCCAGACACUAGCUGGAGAAGGACAAAUUCAGACUCUGCCUUACACCAGAGCGCCAUGAAUCCAAAGCCCCAGGAGGUCUUUGCCGGGGGAUCACAGGAGCUGCAGCCUAAACGAGUACUGCUGCUAACAGUGCCUGGAACGGAGAACUCGGAGACAAGUGCAGACAACGAUGUGCAGAAACAGUUGUGGGAUGACGAGAAGGAUGAUUCAUCAAAGCCCAACACGUGUGAUGUCCCAGGAAUCAACAUAUUCCCCUCGCCAGACCAGGAGUUGAACCCAUCCGUGCUCCCAGCCGCACAUAACACCGGCGGUUCGCUGCCCGAUCUGACUAACAUUCAGUUCCCCCCACCGCUUUCUACCCCGCUGGACCCCGAGGACACCGUGGCCUUCCCCUCCCUCAGCGCAGCCAACAGCACGGGCAGCCUCACCACCAACCUCACCCACCUGGGUAUAAGCGCCGCCAGCCACGGGAUCCCCACUUCCUCUCAGCCCACCAUGACCGUGACUGCACAGCGCCGGCAGCCACCGGUGGUGCCGCUUACCCUAACCUCUGACCUCCAUCUCCAACAAUCUCCUCAGCAGCUCUCACCCACCCUUUCCUCACCAGUUAGCAUUACACAGGUCAUGCCAACAGAGUCAUUGACCCUGGAACAGCAGCUUUCUCAGUACCCUCUGUUCAACCAGCUGACAGCUCAGGCUCAGGCUCAGCUGAUCAGUGACCUCCAGAAGCAGCAGGCCCUGCCACAAGGCAUCCAGCUCAUUACCUUGCCAACUCUGGCCUCCGCUGGUACAGCGUCUGCCACUGCCAGCAGUCCCUCACCAGACAGCCAGACCACUGGCAGCAUGAGCAUCAGCUCGUACCGCAAUCAGACUGGCUCACCAGCCACUCAGUCUCCAACCUCCCCAGUCUCCAAUCAAGGCUUCUCCCCUGGAGGCUCACCUCAACACAUCCCCGUGGUGGGCAGCAUAUUCGGCGACUCCUUUUAUGAUCAACAGCUGGCAUCGAGGCAGACCAACGCUCUCUCUCAUCAGCUCGAGCAGUUCAACAUGAUCGAAAACCCCAUCAGCUCCACCAGCCUUUACAACCAGUGCUCCACCCUCAACUACACGCAGGCAGCCAUGAUGGGGCUCACUGGGAGCAGCCUACCCGACUCUCAGCAGCUCGGCUACAGCAGCCACGGCAACAUCCCCAACAUCAUCCUAACAGUCACAGGUGAGUCUCCGCCAAGCCUGUCCAAAGAGCUGACCAACUCUCUUGCGGGAGUUGGCGACGUCAGCUUCGACGCAGAUUCUCAAUUCCCUCUGGACGAGCUGAAGAUCGACCCGCUCACCCUGGACGGACUGCACAUGCUCAACGACCCCGACAUGGUGCUUGCCGACCCCGCCACCGAGGACACGUUUAGAAUGGACAGGCUGUGACGUGAAGAAAAAGAAAACUCGUUAAUGGAGAGAACCAAAGGGCAGGAUGAUCCCUCUUCCUCGUUGCAUGGCCGUCCAGCUGUCCGACUUUGCCCUUUGAAACAAUGCGGCACCAAAAGACAACAGGGGGGAAAAAAGACAUCCAGCGGCUCGCCGGGGGGAUUGCCUCGCUGUCGUUUUGAAUGAGAUUGGUCGCUCAGCGCUUUUGCUAGCCUACUGUGUUUACAGUGUACCAUUACAUGCCACAUAUAUUCCAAAAACGCACAUUUGGCGGUUUUCUUUUCUUUUCAUAUCCACUUUAUUAUUUAUUUUGUUGAUAUUUGCUUGUAGCAGGAAGCUGCUAGGACAUUGGGCGAAACUGCACCCGAUAUAAGCGGCCGUGUUUUUAAGAAAAAAGAGAGCGAGAAAAAAGAAACCGAAAAAAACAUGGUCGCUUUGCUAAUACCGUGCAAUGAAAUAGAACGGUUUUCCCAUCAUGCUAUAACGGCUUUCUAUUUCACACUCAAAGCUUUAUUUUUGACAACCAAAUGUUAUUUUCAUUGUGUACUUGUGUGUUUUUAUGCUUCAUCUAUUUAUAUGUUCUAUUUAUUUAUUUGGUUAAAGAUUUUAUAUUCCAUUUCAUAAUUUCAAUUUGAUGCCAAAAUGUUUUCUGUAGGCAUCGUGUAAUAUUGCACUGAUGUAAUUUGUGUGUAUUUAUUGAUUACUAACAUAUUUAUAAAUGUGUUUAUUAAGCUAUUUUUGGUUUAUCGAGGAGUGCAAAACCUCCCCAUAGUUGCCCUUCGGUGUUCAGUGUGCCAUUUUCUGAUGUAAGAUGUGGCGACCGUUAACCAUGCUGCAGCCCAACAGUCCAAUCCAGAUACGACAGUUUUUUUUUAGCACCGCUCCAAAAAAUGCUGCGUGCUCCGGAAAUGCGUUGGCGUAAAGCCACACACGUGAUCUUUAACUGAGAAAAAUCAUCAGGAAGAAAAACAGAAGCAUCUAAAUUUAUUUUCUCUUGAUGAAAAGCCAGAAUACAUACAUAUAUACACGUUCAGGCCGACCCUCUUCUCAGUGAAGGAAGGUGUCUGUUUUUAAACCAGAGAUCACUGAAAUCUUUUAAAGUCGUCACUGUGAAAUCACCUGAUUUUGCCUUACGGGAGUAUUCUACUGUUCUACUUAAGUGUCUAACGUGACAGCGUAUUUUCGUAACUUACUGUAACGUUUUCUCGUAUUUGAGAGAAACUUUUGGUCAGUGAUGUUUGUGGUUAUGUUGUGUAAGGUUUGACAAAUCAAUGUACUGUAUUUUGUAGCGGUACACUUUAUAGCCAAAUUGUUGGAUGUUUUCUAAAGCGGGGCAAAAACGAGAGAAAAAAAAAGUCAAAGGCGUGUUUGAAGUGUUCGAGAUGGAGCGCAAUUGUGGGGAGGCUUUUUGCUCCUUUACAGGGAAGCUCUAACAAAAACGCAGCUGACUCGACGCGUGGGUAUUUCUUACUGAACUACUUGGUUUUCAUAAGCUCCACGCUUCUAGUUUAUGAGAGGAUGGGAUAAAGUAGACAAAGUAGAAUAUGGCUAUAUAAAUCUAUUUAUAUGCUAAGUAUUGUGUGCAAUCUGAUUUUUUUGGCAACCAAAUGAACACCACACAAAUCGGCGGUGUAGCAGAGUCACAUCGUUUGAAUACGCAGACAGACUUUAAGGGGUCAGUCAGCCCGCCUAAAUCUUUUGUCAGAGUUUCCCUGAGAGUCACGUGCAGUCUGUGGGAUCAUGUUUGUUAUAUUGUAACGUUUGUGUACAGAUGUGCUAAUAUUUUUACUCACAGCGCUGAUGGGAAGAGUUCCCAAAUCCCCCUUGCUGAAAAAAGAGAAAAAGGAAUCACGUUUGGUUUACCUCUACAGCUGGACGGUUCGUCUCAGUUGAAGUGUUUUCUUGUCUGCUGUAAACCUCCAUCAACGGUUUUUGUUUGCCUUCAACGGGCCUGUGAUUCCUAUGCAAAAUGAGACAAAUAAGAUGCUUGAAGGAAAAAAUCCACCUCUGGUGUUUUAUUAGCUAACAGAAUUUGCACGUUAAGCUGGAUUUAUUCUUCUUUUUGCAGGCGAGCAAGCAGUGUGACUCUUGUAUUACAGAUGGUAGACUUUGGAGAUGUCAAUUUUAUUUUAAAGAGAAACAUUAUUGCAGAUUAAAAUGGAACCUAAAAUGUCAAACAUGGUAAAUGUCGUGCAGGCCGUAUAAUAUUUUAUGACUUUAAGGGCUUUGUAGUUUAUGACAGAAUUAAAAAUCACCUCACUUAAAAACUGGAAUUGGGCGGCAUCUCUUUUAAAGACUAAACAUCGUGGCUCUACGCUAGAAAACUGACACUAUUGGGAGUGUGCGCGUGUAGGAUGUUGUAGUGUGUCGUGGUGGUGCUAAUGACAAUCAACAAGUGGAAUACAAAUUCAUUUCGAUACCAGAGAAGCAUAAAUCCAGCUUACUUUUGAAGUUUUGGCCUCAAAAACUGUAAAUUGUGAUUUAUUUAAUUACCUGAAUCUCCCUCUUCGUCCUGUGCGACUGUUGAACAUGGUGCAACAUUGCUGCUCUAGAAAGACACCCUUUGCCCCUGACCCUAAAUGAACCCGUGUCAAACUUUUGCAUUACCCACAGGACGAAGAAAAAUGCGACACACACUAAUUCUGCUUCGUGUAAAGCAGCUAACGUUGGAUUUUUCCUUCAAGCCUCCGAAACAAACGUGUAGAAAACACACUCUACGGAUUACAUCUCCAAAGGUUUGUGUACCUAAAAGAUAUUAAGCGUCACGUGCACUGUCGUGCUGCCAAUAACGCCAGUGAUUUGAGCUUUCCUGCCAUCUCCUUUCUUUCGUCCUGCUGAAGUCAUUGAUUCACUGACCUUGUACAUAUGCUAUAGCUGAAACAAAAUGCAUGACUUACCUGACAGUCAAAACCUCUAAAUGAAGGCCUUCUAUAGCUCUGCAGGUUUGAUUUGUGUAACGUAACACUACCACAAAGUCUAAAGGGAUGCAUGUAAGGGUUUCUCCUGUUCAGUGACUCUGUUACCUCCAUCUCUGUACAAUGCUACUUGAUGAAUGAUAAAAGAAUGUAUUUUAAGUGGCAGUGUCCUAGUUUUAACCCUUUGCCAAAUGAACCCGACGAUGUUUGGUGCGUUUGGUCUGUCAGAGAAGGCGACCAGGCUUCCAUUUCUCUCUGCACUCUUUCAUUUGCCCCUUUUCUCCUUUUAAGGAAUCAGACUGUUGCUUGUUCCACGCUUUCUCCUACUACUGUAGCAUCUCUCUGCGUACGAGUGUAAAGCGGUCCCUUCUUGUAUAGAAAGACCUUGCGGUCGUUCCGGCCCUCUCCUUGGCUUUGUUGAUGCGGGAUCCGUCCCGUGGAAGUUGCAGAUUGGCACGUGCGCUGAUCGUUUGCAUAUGUGAACUUGACUCUUCUGACGCUUCUGUGUUACGCAGUCAGCCGCAUGACAUGAUAGACACGUCGAGCAGAUUAUUAUAACAUGUUAUGUGCAGGACUUUGAUCUCGCUAUGCUGAAGUGGAGUGCUUUUCAAGACACCGGAUAUGAUAGUUUUUGUUGUUGUUGUUGCCUAUCAUGUCACGUUCUGGACUGGGUAAAAAGCAACUGUGUGUGUUGGGUUUUUUUUAUUUUCUUGGUUUCUUUCUUUGUUUUGUUUUUUUGUGUAUGUGUGUGCAACGUUUAGUCCACUGGUUGCUUCGCACUUUAUUUGUGAUUUCCUGGCUUUUGAGCAGAGACUGUUCUGCCUGACGUGAAUGCUGACUGUUUCACACCAGAUGUAUACUCCGGAAAUAUUUUCAUGUCAAAGAAAAGAUGAAUUCUCUAUUUUCCUUUGUAAACUAUAUUUUGGCUUGUCUUGUUUUUUAAUCUGUGAAGAUCUUAGGGGAUGCAAAACUAGAAAGGGCUUACUCCAGUGCAGCUUGUGUGCUUGUGUUGGAAAGGAUAGGCAUUCCGAAUGUGUUUCUUUGUUGGUCACACCACACACACACACACACACACUGAUUCAAACACUAAUUAGCUACAUAUGUCACAGUCACACUAGAGUAAACAGUGGUUUGAAAGUGGUAUGCAAGCACUCAGAGUGCGUUGCCAUCUUCACAGGAACUUACUGCUGUUAAGAUGGCUUCAGGCUGGUAUGACUUUGCGAUUGAAUACGGUCAAAGGGACUAUUACAUGCAGUCUGUUGGUGAUAAUGAGACUUGGCUACAUAUAAAACUUCACAUUGGGCAUUUAGAGUCCAGUGAGAACCUCAGCGAUAUGAACAGAAUACAAACAGUUUGCAACCAGCUGAGUCGAGCCCACUGUGGCAACUCACAGAUGAGUUGUGCUCAUCGCCGCAGACCGACUAAGAUUGAUUGCACCGUGGUGGCAGUUUUGGCUGCAUUUGAAAAUUAGAGACCAAUUGCCCCCCCACAAGGUGAUCUGUGCAGAGGUGGUGCGCGGUCAGCCUCGGGUGCAACUAAUUAUGGUUGGUCUCCGACAGAAAAUAAAUAAGUCAAUGCAUUCAUGGGGCAACCACCAAUUUUCCUUUUCUAGGCGCAAGGAGGUUCCAUCCUGUUUUUACUCUACUGUGACUGAGCCAUUAAAUACAUAUGCUGCCAAUAACAGUUCUGCAACACAGUCUGACUUUACUCUAGUAGCUAAAACUCGAAACUACUGGUUUGUCAUAUUUUUUCCUGUCUAAAAUAUCCACCCACAAGCCUAACAGUUAAAACAAGAACAUGUACUAGAGAGGAGCUCGUGCUGAACUCACACUACUUAGAAACUGCUGAUGAGGUGUGUUAACGCCUUCUUUGUGGUUUUAUCUAAAAGUAAUUAUAACUCUGGUAAUAGACUUGACUUCAUGCAAGGCAGCUAACACUUUAGUUUAAAAUUAGUAAAAGAGACUAAAAAUGUCAGGUUUGUUGAUCAGAUUUGAAGUAAUUUCACAAAAUAGGCCGAUCCUGAGACGACAUGGUGAAAUGAAGAGAGCUGGGGGUCCAUUUAUUUCAAAUAUAAGAUGCACAGGUCAUCUGAAAAUGUCUUUUUAUGUCUGAUACACUGUUUAGUUUUGAGACUUUUGCUUAUUUUAGUCUGAGACGUCACUUACUUGAGGUACUUCUCGGCACAGCCCGUUCCCUUUUUUUGCCAUAAAAAGGCACAAACUGCAUUUUUGUCACAAACUGAAAAACGUUUGAUGAGUGAUGCUCAAACAGGAGCGUGCGAUUAAAGGUGUGCCCUCAGUCCCAGAAUACAAGGAAAGAGUUGCUGCUUGGUCUGUACUGCUUGUUCCCAGAGACUUUAGGUUUGACUCAAAUGUCCCUUUAAUAAUAUGGGGUUUUAUAAAUGACUCUACCGUUAAUUAAUAUGUGUAAACAAAAAUAAAUAAAACAGAGUUUAAGUUCCACUUAAAGCUUCUAGUGAGAAUAGCAUUAUAUCACUGUUGUCCUGUAAGUCGUAGUAACAGAACUGUAGUUAUUUAUUUGUUGCCAUGUGAUUCUCUUUACGUGACCAUUUGUUUAUAAGAAAAAAAAAAGUCAAAUUAAAUUGAAUGUGGAAGACAGAUUUUUCUCUGCACAUAGUCUUGAUUUGCAGAAUAUGCCGAUUAAAAAAAAAACUGUCCAGUGUCGCAUCACAGCGUGUUGCUGUGGACAUGCAUGAUGUUUCAACCCUGUUGUAUAUUGUCUUUGCUAUUGUUUCUAUUUUGUAAUCUGUAUUUCCAAAUGCAAAUUUAAAAGAUUAUUUUGGAUAUGUGCAUGCUUGUGACUUGUUCAGAAUGUUAAUUUCCACUAAAAGCUGUUGAGUUUGAAAA